AUAAAGACCCUUAAUUCACUUCUAAGUCUAACCCAAUAUGAAAAUUCCUAUUGAUUUCUCAUCAUCAAAUACCGUUGGAUUUUGCCUUCUUCCGUCAGAACUUAUACAACACAUUCUUCUUAAUCUAGCCUUACCUGAAGUUAUCGGUUUAAGGUCUCUAAACAAACCAAUUUCCGAUUUAAUCUCCGAUCAGUUUUUUGUACGUGAUUUUAACUCAAAGUCAAAGUCAACCAAUUGGCUCUUCCUCUACAAGAAAAGGUGGCACCGUGACGCUGUCCUUCACGGAUUUUCUGAUCAGUCUGAUCGGUGGUACAAGGUGGAGAUUGCUGAUUUGUUAAAACCCAUAAUUUGUCCCGGCGAAAGUGUCUACUUUUUAACGGCAAGUGGUAACUUUUUCUUGUUUUCUUGUAAUACUGUUAAGGAAGUUAUUGCCGUUAAUUUAGCUACCAAAACAGUUAAAAGACUCCCGCCUAGCCCACUUGGUCCACGUGGCACUUCUUCGUGGAGAAGAUCCGGUAUGAAACUGGUAUCUGGGUCAAAUAGUUUCCGGUUCAUGUUUGCAGAGUUGGUAAAUGACCACCCGAAUUUGUUUGUCUACAAUUCAGACACUGACACGUGGACGUCUUUGGGAGGAAAACAAUCAAUUCCAGCUGGAAAUCCAAUUAUAAGUGAUUGUAUAUAUCUCAAUGUAGUUAAUGGAGCGUACGGGAGCAUCGUAAUGGCGGUCCGAUUGGACUCAUCGGAUGAACCGAUAGUUGUACAGUUGAGAUUUGAUGGCGGAACAGAUAAUGGACAGCAAUUGACCGUCGGAUUGAGUUGGGGAAACGUGACUGAUCGAUUACACGUGUACGGUGAUGGAUACAUGCUGGUAAUCAAAUCCAACGGUGUAGGUGAUGCUGAUAUAGGAGCAAGGGAGUUGAAUGAUAUAGAAAUAUGGGGGGUGGGAUCAAGUAGUAGAAAAUGGGUAUAUAAAUCAAGGGUUCCAAGUGAAAUAAUUGGGGAAAUUAAGAAGCCUUAUAGGGUAAUUAUGGGGUGUUUGGAGAAGAAAGAUAGGGUUAUUAGGGCAGCUUUAUUGUCUAAUUUUGAAGGUUUGUGGGAUAUAAUUUGGUUAUGUUAUGAUAUAGAGAGCUCUAACUGGAGUUGGAUUCCAAUUCCUGCUUGUAAGAUCAAAGGCCUAAAUAUGGCUGGAAUUGCCUUUUCUUCUGGCCUUACUUUGUGAAAAAUACCAAAAUUUUGUUUUUGUUU